AUAAGCGAUGCUAAAAGAGCUUAAAUAGAACCGCAACUGUCCUAUCAUCAUUAGAACCAACUCAAUCUCCAAACAGACAACUUCUUGCUUCACCAAAGUCAUUUGAGCCAGGAUACUACUGUACAUCUCUAACUUCGCUACAAUUUCAUCUUAUACGAGUUUGAAUUAUUUGACAGAUACCAUCUUUUUUGUUAUACCAUAACGACGUUUGCCUUCUGUGUCAGACGAGUGUAAAGUCUAGUUACCCACAAUGCCGUGCUUUGACGAUAACGGUCCUAUCUGUGCUCCACUCGAUGGAGAGCAUUCAUCAGGGUCAGGUGGUGUGAUUGAUGUCACAAACGAUGCUUUUGCUAUGAAGCUGAGUAGUCCACCUUCCAGCAUGGCGUAUUGCUCGGUUGGCGACUUCUACGCCGGCAAGACCCUGAUGAUCACCGGCGCCACCGGUUUCAUCGGCAAGGUGAUGUUGGAGAAACUCCUCCGGUGUUGCCCGGACAUCAGGAAAGUCUUCCUCCUUGUCAGACCAAAGUCGGGCCAGAGGGCCGCUGCCCGUAUCGAUGAGAUCACUUCAGGCAUGUUGUUUGACAAAGUCCGGGAAGCACAGCCAGAUUUCCAGUCAAAGCUCAUCCCAAUCGAGAGUGACCUCACCGAACCUGACCUAGCGCUAAAAGAAGAAGACAUCAGGACUCUGCAGGAAGAGACAGAGCUUGUGUUUCACGUUGCAGCUACCGUCAGAUUCGAUGAAAAACUAUCACUAUCCCUCCGUCUGAACGUGCACGCCACCAAAAAGAUCCUUCAGCUGAGCAGAGGGAUGAAGAAAUUACUGGUGCUUCAACAUGUAUCAACCGCCUAUGCCAACUGCGACCGAUCAAGAAUAGAGGAAGUCGUCUACCCCCCUCCCAUCGACCCAUACAAGAUCUUGGAUGCUGUAGAAUGGAUGUCGGAAGACAUGAUCCAGACAUUGACCCCUAAACUCCUGGGCAAGAGACCAAACACAUACACCUUCACCAAGGCUUUAGCAGAGUAUGUCGUUAUGGAAGAGGGUAAGGGGUUGCCAAUUUGCAUCACGAGGCCAUCCAUCGUCGGAGCAUCAUGGAAAGAGCCUUUCCCUGGAUGGAUUGAUAACUUCAAUGGGCCAAGUGGAGUGUUUAUUGCUGUCGGCAAAGGCUUGCUGAGAAUGAUGAUCGGCGAUGUCGAGGCUGUCGUUGACAUCUCUCCUGUCGAUUUCGUAGCAAAUGCAAUGAUCGGAGCAACGUGGCAUACAGGGAUCCAUAAACCUGCCACCAUUCCAGUCUACAACUUGGUCACCAGUCCUGUUAAUCCAAACAAAUGGAAAGAUGUGGAAAUCAUUCCAGAUCUCUACAACAAGAUCCCACUUGAGAAGGUGUUCAGACGACCCAGAGCAGCAAUCACUAAGAACCCACUUGCCUUCGAGUAUUUCAACAUGGUCGGUGCUAAGAUCCCAGCGUACAUCAUUGAUUGUGUCAGGAGAUUGCAAGGAAAGAAACCUAUGAUGCUGAAGGUAAACCAGAAGAUAACUAAGAUGGUGCACACCCUGAAAUACUUCACCAACAACACGUGGGAAUGGACCAAUCAGAACACGAUAGCCCUCUCGGCCGCUAUGAACGAGGAAGAUAGGAAGGUAUAUUUCACGGAUGUGAGACCCCUGCACUGGCCGUCAUACCUAGAAGCUUACUGCCUUGGUACCAAGAAAUUCGUUCUCAACGAAGAUAUGAACGACCUCCCGGCAGCACGCAGUCAUCUCAGAAUGUUGCGCAACAUCCGAUGGACAUUCAACACCGCCCUUAUUGUCAUCAUCUGGCGUGUCCUGAUCGCCCGCUCGCAGCUCGCCCGCAACCUCUGGGCUUUCGUCAUCAACAUCUUCUUCAGGUUCCUCCGGUACUGCCGCGUGACAAGCACCAUCGCUCGCGCCCAUUGAGCAAGACGUCCCUGCGAUGGCGCCACUUGUUGCGUUGGCGGUUCUUCUUUUUGACGAUACGACAGAUCCUGCAUUCUGUAUAGCUUGAACUGCAGUGCAUCCUGUCUUCUUCAUUCCUGAUGUGCAAUGCUCUGUUGAGGGCGCCGUAUUCUUCUAUUUCUUCUGCAUUGAACCUUGAAAGCAGGUACUGUGAACCCUGUCAACAGAAACGCCCUCUGAAGACAUCCUCUCAAAGGCCACACUGCAUAUUUCUUAAUGUGGGGGAAACUAAUUGGGUGGACAAUGGCCUUGAUGCUACCAUUGUUGACCGCUGGUCUUUCUAACCUGGCCCUUCGACGUAAGGAACAUUUAUCGCUUGGUCACUUUGGUCAGUUGUCCUGAUAGAGGAGUUCCCCAAAGUCCAGAUAUAGCUAUAAAAGAAAUAUGGCCUCCGAGCAUGAUAUACCCUGUUAAUAUCUCCAGCGAGAUGGUAUUGAUGUCGGUCAUUUAUCGAGGUGCCACCCGUAUUGCGCAUUUGACUCUUCCCUAAGAUAUUGUGAUAACAGUUCCUGUCCUUUUCUCAACAUAUGCUCCAUUUUCGGAGUUUGUUCGCUUUUACAACAUUGCUCUAUGUAGAUAAACCCACAUGCAGUCAUCGGCAAACUUGUUGUCAACCAAUCAUAUGACAUGAUUUUAGUAGCUUAUAACAGAAGCUUGCAAGCUCAAAUCAAUAAAAAUUUCUGAUGAAACGUAGAAAUCUGAUGCUGCAAACCUUGUGUCGAGCCGUCAGCAUCUGGAGAAUUUGUGAAUAAGGUGGUGUUUCUUGCAUUAAAGUUGGAAUUACCUCACCUCAGUCUCUAUUCUGUAGUCCCAGUGUAUUGACGCUUGUGUAGUUAUGUCAACAAACAAUGGUAUCACUCAUGGACACUAAACUUUCCUACAAUGUUCAAGAAAAUGCAAUAUGAUUUGAAAACACAGGCACUCAGGAGUUACGAUUUCUUUAUCUAAUCUAUUUACCAAAUGUAUAUUUCAUGAUGUUGAAUUCUAACUUUCCAGACAUUUUGGAGCAAAACUCAAGAGUAUAUGUGUGAAAUACUCGCUAUGAUUCAUGCCCCGAUGUAUUUGAACAAAAGUGAUUCUGUAAUUCUAUGAAACUUGAUCAAGUGGAGAAUAUGAUGUUCAUUGAUUUAUUGGACUGAAUGGAUGGAUUUGUCAAUACUGAACGAUGAAAUGCGAUUGUAUUUAUUUCUUUAUAAGAAUAUGUAUGUUUAUGUAUUUCUUGCUUUAAGGUUCAAGUAUUGUUGCUUUCCUAUGUGAGAUUAAUUUUCUUAUUAGUCAUUGUACAGAUAGUAGUUUUACUUUAUGUGUAUCCAAUAUGAUCAUGUACUAGUGAAGGGUCUUCAAUGAUGUUAAAAUUGUGUAGACGUAGAUUGAUCUAUUGAUGAUAUUCAUUGCAAUUCUCUAGUUGUUCCAAACUGACGUGUAAAGAUGUAAAAUAGUAUAUUGCAUUUGCAAAUGAUGUAUAUAACUGGCUUCGUACGGCAGCAUAUAUCCUUGUUUUUCACACAAGUUUCUCUGUAAUAUAGGAUGCGUUGUUUUGUGUAAAUAUCUGUACGUCUCUUUAAUGAGUAAGAAGAUUGUACGUGUAAGGCCUGUAUUUACGUUUUUCUAUUUAUAUUCUCUAUAAAGUAAGUUUAUCGGCACCGAUUCUCCAAUGCAAGCUAACACUUUGCCAAGUGCUGUCGACUAUCAAUAGUUGUACUUUGUUGUACUCAUUUUUUUCCUGUUCUCGAGGACUGCAAGGGGGGAGCUAAUGUGCGUCUUAGGGUUGGGUCUAACUAAUUCAAUGUAACAGCGCUUUGUAACCUUUGAACAAAGCGCUGAAGAAGUCAUUACUAUUAUCAUAACUGACAAUUUUAAAAAGAAAUUAAGUUCUUCAAAUUGACGAGAACCGUGCAGCUUACUGGCAGGUAUUAUAAUUACGAAUCAUAUUUUUGUAACAGGUAUUCCAUUGAAAUCAGACUGUACGAUUUGUUCCCCCCUUCGUUUUUGCCAAAGUUAACUCAUAAAUUGGGGAGCAUUGAUACACAUGUAGGUUACUAUUUAAACAAUAAAGUGCAACUUAACAUUA